GCUAAGUGUCGUGUCUCCGCCUUCUUGGCAUAAAACCACAUGUUGUUUGACCAACGCGACCCGGUGCGCCGCCGCCGUUAAAACCGCCAUUAUUUUUGUUCCGUGCCCCCGAUCCUCGCUGCUCACGAGUUCGUCGCGUACAACCAUUUACGCGAUUCGAGUUCCGGCCAUCUGUGCCGACAUUACGGCUUAUUGUCUUAUGUCCGUCGCCCAUCCGUUCUUUUUCGCUGUGUGACCCCAAUCCGUGGUCACCCACGUGUCUACGUGUUUGUUUUUCGCCCGUCCGUUCGACGACGUGCGAACCCGUCCACGCGGUAACCCUCCGCGCCCCGUUUUAUUGUGUUUCGUCGUCACCAGUACGACUUUCGCCCUGCGAAUUUGUCUCACGCGUCCACGUGUCUUCCGUCCGCCCGCCCUACAUCGGGCGAACGUGCCAGCCGGGACGUGUCAUAGUAUUGUCGUUUGUGCCGCGUUUCUACGCCGCGACAACGGGUGCGUAGGGCCGACCCUCAUUUUGCCCGCGACAUUUCCACGCCAUCGUCGACCACUGGACGCCUGUAUUCGGUGCCGUCGACCAUUUCGCCGUUGUCGACAGAAGUGCCAUUGUCGCAUAACCUCGCCGACGUGAACAGCUGAAUUCACCGUCGUUCUGGGACAACUGCUCCAUCACCACGUUAUCACCUGCUCUCAACCUUAGGGUAUCAGGUCGUACACACGCUCUAUUAUUAUUAUUAUUGGUCGGCAUAUCCGUUGUGUUUAUUAUUAUUAUUUAUUAUUCGUCGUCGUCUUCGACGUACAUUUUGUAUUUUUUAUAUAUAUUGUUUUGUUUGGCCGAUCAGCUUGUGAUCGCGCACUAUUUAUAUUACUAACCCUAGCGUGUAAGAUUUAUUGAAUUGCAGAAAUAUUACAUUAAAUUGUUACAUUGUAUACUACCAACGAUUGUCUUAUGUUUUGCAUUAGGGUAUCUCGCAUCAUCACUACAAUAGUUUAAGUUCUUAUUUCAACCAGCUCCUAUUUUAUCAGCUUUCUUUAUAUACAGUCCACUCUCUCCCUCCUUUACAGGGCUAUCGACGACGUAUUUUAUUUGCUGUGACGUAAGUAACCGCACAUGACGGGUUGCGUGUAGGUCGCCGUCCGUGCGCACAUAAACACACAUACGCGUAUACUCGUCCGCCGGCUUCUUGUGCAGCUCUCUCGCACACAGGCUAUUCACAAUGGUGAAACUAUGUGUCAUAUGUGGAAUCAUGGAUGGUGACAACGACGUUUCAAUGCACAGAAUUCCAACUGACGUGCGUCGUCUUCAGUGGGUGGAAUUCGUGGUGAAGCAAGGUUUUCCUGUAAACCCAACCUCGAAGUUGUGUUCGAGGCAUUUUAUCCCUGGUCAUGACUACAUAGAAGGAGAGGCACAACGCCGCCGUCUGAGGCACACAGCAAUCCCAUCUUUGGUAUUUGGACCAUACAGAGAACGAGAAGAUCAUGUGGAAAACGUCGAUGCCGGUAUACAAGUUCAGAUGGAUGAAUUUUUGUUGGAAGAGAACAUUGAGGUAGUUGAAGUCAUGAUGGUCAAUGACAACAUUGAGGUAGUGAAAGUCGCGAUGGACGACAACAACGUUGAAAUCGUUGAAGUUCUCAUUAACGGAGACGAACAAGUACCAGUUAAAGUCGAAGUGGUAUCAGAUGAUGAUAACUUUGUUGGUGUUUUCGACCUUUCACCACUAUACAACAUUGAAGAGGUUGAACAAAUCGCCCCAGUUGUCGCUAGACUGUUGCUAGACCGUCCGGCUGGCGUUCAGCACCCACUACCGGAACCACACAACAUAGGCACGUUGAAUUACGUAUGCCAGUAUUGUAGGGCCCGCCACUUUAAGUGCGAGGAAACAAGCCCGAAUCAUUUUUCUACAUGCUGCAAUAACGGUCUGAUGGCCGUUUCAGGGCUAGACCGUCCGGCUGGCGUUCAGCACCCACUACCGGAACUACACAACAUAGGCACGUUGAAUUACGUAUGCCAGUAUUGUAGGGCCCGCCACUUUAAGUGCGAGGAAUCAAGCCCGAAUCAUUUUUCUACAUGCUGCAAUAACGGUCUGAUGGCCGUUUCAGGGCUAGACCGUCCGGCUGGCGUUCAGCACCCACUACCGGAACCACACAACAUAGGCACGUUGAAUUACGUAUGCCAGUAUUGUAGGGCCCGCCACUUUAAGUGCGAGGAAACAAGCCCGAAUCAUUUUUCUACAUGCUGCAAUAACGGUCUGAUGGCCGUUUCAAGACCGCGUGUGUUGACACCUUCACCGCAUUUACUACAGAGGUUGUUGGUUGAAGAUUCGGUAGACGGUAGACACUACCGAAAUAACAUCCGCCAGUAUAACAACACUUUGGAAUUUGCUGCUUUCUCCACCGACCUCAACACACGGCGCUUGCCAGGUCGGGGACCGAAUGUGUUCACUGUUCAUGGGCAGGGAUAUUGGACAAUAAGUAAUGACUUGAUCGGGAACGAUCCUAUCCAACGCAGAUUCUGCCAGCUGUAUUUCGUCGAAUCGGCUAGCAAAACAAUGCGAGAAGUGUGGGCUGGAGAAAACGCUCCCGGCAGAGAUCCUUAGUUGCUUCCAAGGAGAGUGAGAAUGCAUUUUGUCGCUGACGGAAAUGUGGACAGGAGACGAUACAACCCACCGCCUGAAACGGUUAACGAAGUCGAAAUAUUGUUUUGAAAUAAUAACUAUUUUAUUUUUUUCACCAAAUUUGUUUUUAGUUUAAUAAAAACAAUAUCUUAUGUAUAUAUAUGCAUAGCGCAAUAAAAUAUUAAAAUAAAACAUUAAUCAUCAA